GAUACACUCACACGGUGCCGCUGAUUCCUGACCCGCAAUCAACAGGAUAACUUAUCUUGUCGGUUAAAGCUCCUUCUCUCUACUAAGUAUGUGCUGUACUGUGUGGUACAGAAGCGUCUUCUCCGUGCUGGAUGCACGCCAUCGUGGCAGAUUUUCUCAUGGCCAACAAAUAAAUGGAGCACCAAGCCACUCCACAAAUGACCGAUGACCGACGCAACGGUACAGUACAGCAAGUCCUUCUCUCUUCUAUCUCUGUGAUCGUCACAGAAGCGCUCCUCGACCAACAGUGGUGAGUCCACUUCAGAAGCUACCACCUCGGUAGCUACCGGUACAGUAUCACCACAGAUCAUCCAUACAAGAGAUGAAGGAGCGAUACACCGUCAACCCGUUCCCGGAGCUCGCCCUCAACGAGGCCGACAAGGCCUCGCUCCAGGACCUCGCCAACACGUACAUCGUGUCCAGCCUCGAGCAGUGCAUGAAGUUCAUGAACUCCGGUCGAAAGGUGGACCCGCGUCGCUGGAAGACGCUCAAGGAGAAGGAAGGACUCAAGGUCUACUCGGAGCGGCGCGACAGCGUUGGCUUGGCAAAGCCUGACGAGGCCACGGGUGGAGGACUGCCCACGAUCCUCUGCGUCGGCACGAAGGAGGGCAAGGUGGACGACCUCAUGUUCGGCAUCAUCAGCGAAGACCUCGAGACCAUGCGACUCAAGGCCUCGUACACCGACAGCUUCAGCGCCGCCGCCGUGCUCGACGGCGUGGUCAUGCCGACGCUCGAGAACCCGUUCCAGUCGCUCGUCGUCAAAUGGAUGGAGCUUGAUAUCCCCUUCAAGUCGACGGGUUUCGUCAAGAACCGCGACUAUGUCUAUGUCGAAGGCAUCGGCAUCGUCAAGAACGCGGCGGGCGAGCGCUUUGGCUACAGCUUGCUGCACUCAGUCAACUUCCCGCAGACCCACUCGCUGCCGAGCCGCGUGCGUGGCAACAUCUCGUUCAUCGCGUACUGGCGCCAGGUCGGCAACAACACCAUGGAGAUGUACGCGACGGGCAUCAUCGACCCUGCCGAUGACGGUCUCAUCCGCAAGCUUGUGCUCCCGGUCGUGGCCAACCUGUUCUUGGGAAGUCUUGACUACGCGUACUGCGGCCAGAUGCGUAAGCUUUCCUUCAUGCUCGAGAAGCGCUACGCGGAGUCGAAGUUACGCGGAGCUCCGAACAAGUCCAAUGCUUGCAUCACGUGCACGUCCCCAGUCGGACGUCGGCUUGGAGACUUUGGCAAGACCAACAGCACGUGCAAAUUAUGUUUUGGCUUCGUGUGCAGCGCGUGCAAGAUCGUGAGGAAGUUGAGCUUCGUGGAUCCAGACUUGAAGAUGGCGCAGCGCAAGGUGACGUUUUGCACGGCGUGCAUCAGUGAGGUGAUGCCGUUGACAUCGCGCGUGCCAAGUUGA